AAAUUUAUUGAUAAUGUCAAAAAUACUUUGAUAAAUUUCAUUAUUCUUCAAUUAGAAUAUAUAUCCAAUAGUUUCCAAUGAAAUUACAGCGAUAAAAAUAAAUGCGCAUAUUUCCGAAAAUCGCAAUAACAGCCUGAUUUUUGUAAUUAGAUGUAGAUUCAAAUAAAAUAUUUGCGCCCUACUAUGAAUAAUAUUUAGGCUCCACAGAGGUGUGUUUAAGUGUGUAUAUACUGAACUGUUCAUGUACCAUAGUUCACAAACCCUUUUAGAAUAUUUAGAAAAAGGGGUGCAUUGGCACAUGCAACGAAUUUCUCACCUUUUUUUAACUUGUACUUUAUAUACAUAAGAUGCUAAUAUAACCUUACGAAUGUUUCAUCCCUCUUGAUAUUUUCACUGCCACCAAUGAAAUCGUUGAUUUCGAAUAGACUAUUUACUUGAGUAGAACAUUUUUAUUGGCAGUCUAGGAUUUUAACAACCUUUGCAUAUAACGACUAUUCUGGACGUUAUUUAACAGAUCACAAAAAUUUCCGUUGAUCAAUCAGAGUUUGACUCUUCAACGAAUUGCCAGAAACAUUGCCAGAUCAAUAUAUUGAAUAAUUAGCUGUGAUUUUUCCUGUGUUUUUGAAUAAAUAUUUUUUAAGUGAAUCUAAUAUGAUUUUACCACACACAUCCAAAGAAAAAUCAUCGUUUUACACUCAGCAUAGGCAUGGCUAUAAUGUCCAGUUUUCACCAACUGACGCGAAUAGUUUAGCUGUUGCCACUAGCCAAUGUUUCGGAUCUGUCGGUGGAGGUACACUGUUCUUGUUAAAAUUGAACGAGAAUGGCGCCAUCAACAAAGUAAAGUCAUUUAAUUGGACCGACGGAUUAUUUGAUAUUGCUUGGUCCAAGCAUAUCGUGAACGUGUUGAUUUCAGCAUGCGGUGAUUCAAAUGUUCUGCUCUGGGAUGUCAAUUCCGAAACAAAUGCCGUGAUAUCAACAUUUUCCGGCUACAGCAAACCAAAAUCAUGCUAUAAUGAACAUAGCAAAGAGGUUUGCUGCGUUGAUUGGAAUCAUUUGUCAGAGGACUCAUUAUUUUUAAGUAGCAGUUGGGACUGCUCUAUAAAGCUAUGGAAUCCAGACUAUGCAAUGUCACUCAAGACAUACAAUAGCCACACAAAAUUGGUGUAUGAAAGUAGAUUUGCGAAAAAAAUUCCAAACAUUUUCAUGAGCGUCAGUGCCGAUGGAUAUCUGAAAAUUUGGGAUUUUUUACAGCCGUAUCCAGUUUCAUCACUUUUGGCACACCAAAAGUCUGAGGUGUUGAGCUGUGAUUGGAGUGAGUUCGAUCAAAAUGUGUUCGCUUCAGGCGGUUCAGAUGGCCUAAUUAGAGGAUGGGAUUUACGUUAUAUGACGCAUCCAUUAUUUGAAUUGUAUGGCUGUGAAUAUGCCAUGAGAAGAGUUCGAUUUUCGCCAUUUGAUUCUGACAUUUUAGCUUCAGUUUCAUAUGACCACACUACUAGAAUUUGGAAUUGGCAACAUGACUGUGAGGCUUUAGAAACAAUAACACAUCAUACUGAAUUCAAUUACGGCCUAGACUGGAAUCGUCUGGUUCGAAAUCAAUUGGCUGACUGUGGUUGGGAUUCACUAGUCAACGUUUAUAUUCCAAAAUCAUUGAAUUAGCCUCAAUCUUUAUUUUCUUCUUCAAUUUGUUUUUGAUUUGAUUUGAUUUUUCAAGACUUGUAUAUUCUCGGUAUUUACUGCAUGUUGUAGGCUUGUGCAAUGCAUGUUUUGUAGUAUACAUAUUGGUGAGAUUUAAUCUUUAACGCUUGGAUAUUAAUUCUAUAUUUUUAUUCUCCAAUCAGGCUGGUUAAAAGCGAAUAACCUCUAUCAAAACGUGCACUCUAUGAUUGAUGGGACCACAAUAGUUUUUCUUUCACUCUUUACAUUGUUUACAUCCAGAAUUUUGGAAUAGAAUUGAAUCAUGCUGAAGACAUACGGAGCAAUUGAAUAACACACUACCAUUGGAGGAAGUCUAUCAUGAUGCACCCUUAUGCAUUGGAAGGACAUAUAUGUAUAUGUAAAAAAAGUUAUUCAUCAUGGCCCGUGGAGCCUGUGGAGCUCGCGGUGGGAGCGAUAAGAGAUUCACAACAGUGAAACUGGCUCUACGAACAAUCAUCCAAAAACCAUAUCGGCUGAUUUUGACAACAGUGAUUGGGGAAAUGAGCAUCAUGGCAACGCUAAUCUCACUCCUAGCAUCGCUCUAUUUUCUAUAUCUGAUAAGUUUUUUUUUUAACAUUUUCACUGUUUUCGCCAUUUUGUACGACCAUCUUGAACCGAUUCGAUUCAUUCAAAUUGAACAAAAAAAACCAUUGUUCUUGUUAGGUUAAUACGGCGGUCGAUGAAUUCAACAACGACUUUUUCAACAGCAAUGGUGAUGAAAUCAUCAAAAUGUGCUUCCAAGGUGUGCUCCGGCAAAACUACACCAAUGAUCGAAUGUUUAUGGUCCCAGGUUUCCGGCAAAUGGUUAUCAACAUUCUCGGCGAAUGGUUUCCAUGGCAAACGAACAGAUUUUUCGGCAAUACAUUCAAAUACCUGUACGAGCAAUAUGCCACAAACGUCAAGAACAACCUCAAAACGCAUUGCGAACAGCGUUUGAGAAAGUUCUUCAAAAUGCGUUGCUACGAAUUGAACCACAUGUGUCUGUGUGGAGAUCUCGAGUUGGACGAAUUAUUCGAUGGUGACGACAUCAAAAAUGCCAUCAGCUACACAUAUAACCGGAGAGAUUCAACGCGUGGCAAUGCAAAUGCCAUACGGAAACUGGAAAUACUGUUGGCGGAGCUGUAUUGGAUUGGAGCACCUUACAGACCAGAUGAUCCACACCCAUUCAACAUCAGAGAAUUCGUUGAACUCAAUUGGUUCCAAGCAUUGCGCAUGUUCAUUAAUAUACAGCGUUAUAUUCAUAACUUUCACCUCUCGUUUGCCAAUCUACGCCAAAGUUGGAAUCUGUUCCGAAAAUAUCCGCUCUAUGUGCAACAGCCAGAAUUUCCAGAGCCGCCUGAAAUCACCACCUUCACAGUCAUUCCGAAGUGCACAUUCCAGCGCCGACACGUGAAAAUUGAUACAGAUGCAUUGUACAAUAUUUUAUGUGGCGUCAAGGCAAUGAAGCGAACAAAAGGCACCCGAGUCUUACGAAACGGCGAAUUCCAACAACGCUACAUCUCACAGACUGAAUUUAAAAGAAUUUCAAGCUGGCGUUCGUAUUUCAACAUGGACGAAAUUAUCAAGUUAGUCAAGAAUAAGAAGGAAUUCGGCGAUUCGAUAAUAUCAGAUGGUGUGUCAGCGUCGGUGUUAUUCAAAUUGCCGAAACAGAGCAAAACUGUUGCUGAUGAAGAAGAGGCCGAAACCAAACGAAAAUAUUUCGCAAACGAAUUCGCGUAUGCAUUGGGAAUUGAUCCAGGCAUGCGAACCUUUAUUGCGUCGGUCCGCCUCGAUCUAAAGACCGGCGAAGAGACCAACGAGAAGAUUUCGUUCAAACAAUACCAUCAGAAAUCGAAACAAGAUGCGCGCAACAUUAAAGCCGAACGUAUGACGAACAAGCGGACCUCAAACGUAUCGCCACAGAGAUUGGCCAGACACCAUCGCCACGGAACAUCUCUUGGCGCCAUUACAUCGAACAUCGCCUGCGAAUGUUCCAAGAUAGUAUCGCGGCAUACAGUCAGAAAAACUAUGCACGCUUACGUUUGGACAAACACAUUGAAUGGCGUCGUGCAAUUGAUCUCAUCGCCGGUAAGCUGGUACAUUUCAAGACAGCUAUCAUCAACAUCGGAGCAGCCGAAAUUUCACCAAAUUGCCCGAUCCGAAUCAAAAAGUACGUGCGGUGUCCAGGCGUUCGCAAGCUGAUUGCAGCCUUCAAAAGACGUGGCAAUUGUGUCGUUCGGUUGGUGGAUGAAUACAUGACAUCGCAACAUUGUGCCCGAUGCUUCCCGUUCGGGAACCGUCCCGAUAUAGACGAAGAGCAAACGAUACAAGAAGUGCAACGAUUGCCAACCAGAUGAACGUGUUGGACUUCCGAGAACCAUCUAUACGAACGUCAGCAAACGAGUGUUGCAAAUGCAACGGAAAAUCAUGCGUACAUGGGAGGAAAUGCGCGACCAAGGUGAUGCUAUUGCAGCCAUUCUAACCCAAUGAAAUUCAGGACGUUUGGUGUCAAAGAAGCAACGCUUCUUCAAAACCUGGCAACCAAAUGCUGCUGAAAACGCUGGAACAGAAGACGCUGCACAAUCACGCAAGUUGCUCAAAUCACUUUGGCAUCGGGACAUAUCAGCAGCCAAACUGAUCAUGUACAAAGGUCUUUGCACGCUACUUGGUAUUCCGAUACAUCCAGCACUGCUGCGACGACCAGAUGAUGACGGCGUUCCACUCAAUCCAUAAUUCAAAAUCCAGCGUUAAGCAUUAAAGUUUUUUUUAACAAUUAUUUUCUAGUAGUUUAUUAGAGUUCUCAAGCCUUGCACUUAGUGGGCUAUUUUAAGGUAUAUAAGUUGUCUAACUUUAUUUACCGGAGUACAUGAGUGGUUUUAUAGACGUUAUUUGAUGAUCAGAAUGGGUUAUAUUCAUUUUCCGGUUUGACAAUGUCGCUGCAUUCUUUGGAUAUGAUUUGUUCAAUGCAUCAUAUCACGGUUAUGAAAAACACCCUACCUGUACACGGUGUCUUUCAAGUCAGAUGUAUUCAAUUUAGUGACUCGGCUAUAUUCGACUGAAUUUAAUUUUCCAAGCACAUAAACUCCAUUACAAUCUAUAAAAUCCAUCGAAAAAUGUUGUACAAUUUUCAGUCUUAGAUCAGUUGAUUCAACUAACAGCUUACCGGUUACAAAUACAACAAAUGUCCUGCCACAUUUGGCGAUUCGCGUCACAAAAUUUUCACUGAUUCGCCUCACUGUUUCACUCGGCCGUUUUACUGCGGAGCCAAAUGUUGGACAAAUAUUUUGGAAAGAUCUGAAACGGCGACGAAACACUUACUUGUGAGCACUACAAAAUACGUGCCUAAAAUGUGCGCGCUAAUAUCAACCAAAUCGUCCAAAUUGCCGUGGUCGUCCAAACACCGCUUAUGGAAGUCGAUAAUUUCGUAGUUAUGUCUAAUAAUACAGUGCACGUUGUUGUCCAAACUUCGAAACUUACUUCCAAACGUUUCAUUUAUUGUAAAUAUGGAUUUGCCAUUAAAAAAUACUUUGUUGUUUUCUACAUGAUCGUUAUUGUAUUUGGGAGAAAGUUGAGAAAAAAAAUAAAGUGUAUUCAAGUUGA